AUGACUACAGCACCAGUACUGAAGUUCUACCUGGGAUUGGUGACUAUUUGGUGGUUUCUGAUAUAUGCAGGUGAUACUUGGUCCGCUUACCGAACGAUCAAGAAAUGCAGCUGGAAAAAUUGGGAAAAAUGGCCCGCUCAUUCGACACCCCACCAUUCUCUGGUUUAUGCUGAUCCACAGCUGGUAGACGACUAUUCAUAUCCGGAAAGACUACAGCUAAUUAACUACUUCACCAAAAAACUGUCUGAUCAUUACUUACACAGGAACUACAUGAUGGUUAACGAACUGCUUCGACCCGAUUCUAUCUUUUUCCUGGGAGAUCUAUUUGAUGGAGGCAGAGAACACGACGGUGACGAUGUGUGGUUCAAGGAGUACAAACGGUUCAACCGUAUCUUUCCAAAAUUCCCCAAUGUACGAAUCAAUAUGGCUCUUCCAGGCAACCAUGACAUAGGGUUCGGCAAUGAAGUCCAUCUGGAUAAACUGAUGCGAUUUAGAACUUUCUUCGGAGAUGUCAACACCUUUGAUUUACUAGGAAACCAUUCAUUCAUUUUGAUCGAUUCGAUCUCCUUAUCGUCACAAUCACAGCCGGUAGUGACUAAUGACCCCCGUUGGUUUUUGGACAAUUUAACAGAUUCAUUGGCAAUGCAGUAUCCUCGUAUUUUGUUUACUCAUGUGCCUCUAUUUAGAGAUCCAGCCGAACAAACAUGCGGUCCGUUGAGGGAACAUAACAAACAACUCUUCCCCAUCCAAAAAGGGUACCAAUAUCAAACUGUUAUUGAUCCUGAACUCUCUAAUUUUAUACUUGCCAAGUCGAAACCAUCAUUAGUCUUGAGCGGUGACGAUCAUGAUUAUUGCCAUAUCCAACAUGAACUUACCGACUUGGGGACCAAGGGAACGGUUGGCGAGGACUAUUGUGACGAAAUAACAGUUAAAGCGUGCAGUAUGACUGGGGGUAUUUCUAAACCAGCAAUCCAGCUAUUAUCUCUAUACAACAAUCUUGAUAACAAUCACAAGCAAAGCUCAAAUACUAUUCAACAACAGAUAUGUUUCCUUCCAAGCCCGUUUGGCGCUGUCAAGCUUCUUGGGUUUGCAUACGUCGCAACUUUGUUACUGGCAUUGAGAAAAUUCAAAACUGAAAAGAUACACUUGCAUGCUAUUGCUAUAUCUACAAUUAUCAUCAUCUUAAUCUUUAAUCAUUAA